AUGAUCAACAAAAUACUCACAGCUCAUGUGAACAAUGGCAAAAUUACGAAGCUUAAUAAAGCUGUUGAAGCCAGCAGACGCGAUGCCGAAGGACGAGAACAAACUCCUUUUAAUCUGCACUGUCAUAACCCAAUUCCUCGAGGCCGGGCGAGGCAGCUAACAACCGUUGAAGCUGCGCGAGGUGUUUUAACUUCGCCCGCGUUCUGGUUAAUUAAUCCUUCCAUUGUCUAUCACCAUUUUCCUCAUCGACUCGGAUUGACUGCUUGCAGUACUCGCGUAAUGGAAUGCCGAGCGUGUACUAGAGACGAUACAGCCCAGACAAUACAAUCACAGUCCCCAUUGAUGAGCCAACACCUCGCUGAGAUGAAGUGCGAUGGCCCCACCAGCUAUUGA